GCAAAGCAGUACACAAGCCAGCCCACAGGCCACACCCGAUGGCCCAUCCGGCCUUUCCCACCCCUCGCCGAUUCCUCCGAGGAAAAGAAACGCCGGCCGCAAUCAAACGCCGGCCGCAAUGGGGAACGUGGAACCCUUGCAGCCGGCAGCGUCGCGCCGCUCCCGCCCCUUGCCGCCUCGGCUCGUCGCCGGUGGCCGGCCUCGCUCCAUCCAGCAAGCUGACCAGCUCGACUGCUCGAGCUCGUCCUUGACGUCGCCGAUUUGAUUUCUCCCUUUCAGCCCAACCCAGCCCAAAGCCGCCAGAUCACGACACUCCGUCCAACCUUCGGCGCCACCCAAGCACCAAUCCCCUUCUCCGCCGCCUCUUCUCUUCGUCGCCGGUGAAGAUGAUUCCCCAGAGCCAGAGCAGCUCCCUGCAGCGCCUUCAACACGUCGAGAAGCGGAUAGUGCGGGUGCUGGAGCUUGCGGGAGCGGUGAUGGAGGAGCUGGGAAACUCUCAGGGCCCUCGCACCGAUGCAGUCGGCGCGCACUGCCGCGAGUUCAUGAUCGCUAUGAAGGAAAUUCAAACAACGUUGCGUGAGGAAAUCAAAAGUGCUUGUGAAUAUCGUCCAUUUGAAAAGUGUGAUUACAGCGCAAGGAUUGCUAAUGAGAUAUGUUGUAAGAAGCUGGAGUAUGUAAUUGAGAAGUUGGAUACCAUGCAACAGAACCUUGAACAGAGCACUGAUGAUGUUUAGCGAGCUGGCUACACAGUAGUUUGGGAGCAACAGAUGAUCGAGCAGUACGCAGAAGGAAUGUAGAAGCAUUCUAUCAACCUAUAAUUGCAGGAAGCUGUUGCUCAACUCUGGGACUGUAACUUGUGGUUUGCUUGUAUUCCAUGUUCUGUGACAGAGUUCUUAGUUUAGCUGCCUGUUGAUUCUCAGUAGCAUUGAUCUUGGCCUGAGUAGGAUAGGAAUAGCAUCCUUGAACUUAAAAUCGUGGGAUUUUAAGGCAGUGUAUUUUACUGAUGAGAAUUUGCUCUUCUGUAUUGCAUGGACUUGCUUCAUCCUUAGAACAUGUCUUUUGGUAUAUUGUUAACUCGUUUGUCAAUGAUGAUCUUCAUGUGAUCAUGUCAUUGCAAUUUAUGCUGUUUUGAUUUAAUUGUUCAUGCUGGUUCGACAUCCAUUGCAUUCGAAGCUCAUCAUGUUUUAUCUGCUGUAAAUACUGUAUGGCUAUUUAGUCUAGUUUAGAGAGCAGGUAAAACAUAAAUGAGCCAUUUAUCUGUCAUUAAUCUUGAAGUCUAUGACAUAUAAAAUGGUUGGGUAUGCCGCCAGAUCAACCUCUUGAAAUCCAAAGUAUAUUGAAGAUUCAUAUUCCAUUGUAUGAUUUUCAGUGUAUCUUCCAAGUGCAUCUUUUUUGUUUGCAGACUUAUUCUUUAAUGAAGGUCACCAAUGAGGUGAACAGCAUGUUUUAUUUCGAAGAUGGAGAGAACUCAUACCUUGAGUCCUAUUGGUUAUGUGUGAUGAACACAUGAAGUAACAAGUGUCUUCGGGAACAUACCUCUGCCCAAGAGGGGAAGGACCCAUUGGUGGGGUCAGAAGAGAAUGGUAGGCAAAAUCACAGAGGAAACUGAUGCUCUUAAGAGAUAUAUCAUUUCUUGUUGGAGUCUCUUGAGGCCUGGACUCAGGGAUAUGGCUGCUUAUGCCUACUCCAACUACUUGAUCAGGGAGUUCCACUGCAGCAUUUACAAAUAAGGGAAGCUCAACAAGCUUCAGAGAUAGUCGGCCAACCUCCAUACAUGUGCCCAAGUAGUGCAGCACACUACUAAGGCUCAGAAAAUGGAUAAUAGGCCUUGGCCUGAGUUCUGAUCUAAAUUAAGUCACUGGUGUCAGAAGACAAAGAGGUGACCACAUUCCUCACGUAGAGGGGUAAGCCAUAUAGGAGUUGAGGGAGACACUUGCUCAUGAUUUGUAGCCUCAGCUUUGUGCAGUUGAGGCCCCAGAACCUUGUGCCAAUGAGGAACCAGAAUUGGAAUCGACCCAACAUGUGCUGAUGAUGAGGUGGACAAUUGCUCCUAGCCUCCUAUUGUCUAGCUUGUAUCCGUCCACAAUUUAUGGCCCUUGGACCAAUCACCAACCGAGUGUGGAGCGGAGAAUAUAGUAAAUUACCAUCGAGAGCGAAUAACUGGACUUGACAAUAGAAUGAUGAUCAUGAACUCCCAAUUGAGGUUUGACAAAUCUGUAUGAAGAUGAACCAGAGGAUGCGCGAAUUGGAUGUUAGGUGGAAGAAAGAAGCAUACAUAUUUUCUCAAGAUAUAAAAGACACUUGUCUUGUUUGCUGUUGCAGGAAUGGCAGACCGAGAGCAAGGAGGCGAUACAUUCUUCGUGUGAUUGACUGAUCGUUAUACUCUGUAGCUGUAUAUAUGGUUAUAUGAGUACUGCUUUUUCUGCUACACUAGAUUAUUUCCAGUUGACAGUUGGUGUAGCAUAGAUUGACAUUCAGUGAGUUCUCUAGAUUUCCCCUUUACUUUGCCUCGCUCGUCCUUUUCACUUGUCCAUUUGGUUUUGCACUUGCCAACUGUCAUGCUGCAGCCUACCAAAGAAAUAGAAACGCCUGCAGCUUUGGCCAAAGCACUGAGUUGGUCCGAGCUCAGUUCACCAACUCUGUGAUUUGAUUUGAACUUUCGACUA